AUGCUGCUGAUCUCCGAGAAUGCAAACGGACAUCUUUGGCUUGGUGAUGGUGGCGAGCUUGAUCUGACCAGAGAAACGCUUGUCCUUCUUGGUGUCGUAGUUCUUGAGGUUGACCUGGAGCUCAACGGUCUCGGUGAAGCCACGCUCGGCUUCCUUGGCUUGGGCCAAAAGGGUGACAACGGUUUGUCUGACUUGGUCGCUUGA